GGCACUUUACCCUGAGGCUGCAAUUGAAACAGAUGUGCUUGCUGUGAAUUUCUGUCGUAUCUGGACUUUUUUUGUACCAAAGGUGAUAACACUUUCCUUCCUGUGAUAUUUUUUUUCCUUUUCUUUUGCACAUAUUUUCCAUAAACGGAAUGAAAUGGAGAAGUUGAAGAAAUAUGCAUCAGUGAAAGAUGAAGAUCAGUUUUAUCAUCAGGGAGCUGCGGAGUUGCUAGUCUUUAACUUUCUGCUUAUUCUUACAAUAUUAACAAUUUGGUUGUUUAAAAACCAUCGAUUCCGCUUUCUGCAUGAAACUGGAGGAGCUAUGCUUUAUGGCCUUGUAAUGGGAUUAAUUAUACGAUACGCAACAAAGGCAUCAGAUGUUGAAAGUGGAACUGUUUAUGAAUGUGAAAAGCUGAAAUCUGGGCCAUCCACUCUACUUAUUAAUAUAACUAAUCAGGUCUACGAAUAUCAAUACAAAAGAGAGAUCAGCCACCACAAUGUCAAUGGUCACCAGGGCAAUGCAAUGCUUCAAAAGAUGACAUUUGAUCCUUCCAUUUUCUUCAAUAUUUUGCUGCCACCCAUUAUAUUUCAUGCUGGAUAUAGUUUAAAGAAGAGACAUUUUUUUCGUAACUUAGGAUCGAUUCUAACCUAUGCCUUUUUGGGAACUGCCAUCUCCUGCAUUGUUAUCGGGUUGAUAAUGUAUGGUUUUGUGAAGGCCAUGGUACACCUUGGCCAGUUAAAGGGAUGGGAAUUCCACUUCACUGACUGUUUAUUUUUUGGAUCACUGAUGUCCGCCACAGAUCCAGUGACAGUCCUUGCUAUUUUCCACGAGCUGCAUGUGGAUACAGAUUUGUACACUUUGCUGUUUGGAGAGAGUGUCCUAAAUGAUGCUGUGGCUAUCGUGCUGACACACUCUAUAUCCAUUUACAGUCCUAAGGAGAAUCCUAAUGCAUUUGAUGCUGCUGCUUUCUUCAAGUCAGUGGGAAAUUUCCUGGGGAUCUUUGCUGGAUCAUUUGCCAUGGGAUCCUCUUAUGCUGUUGUCACGGCUUUAAUAUCAAAAUUUACAAAGCUGUGUGAGUUCCCUAUGUUGGAGACAGGUCUGUUUUUCCUCCUGUCCUGGAGUGCCUUCUUAUCAGCAGAAGCUGCUGGUCUUACAGGUAUCGUUGCAGUCCUUUUUUGUGGAGUCACACAGGCCCAUUAUACCUACAACAAUCUGUCACCAGAUUCCAAAAUGAGAACUAAACAGUUGUUCGAGUUCAUGAAUUUUUUGGCUGAGAAUGUCAUCUUCUGUUACAUGGGACUCGCACUAUUCACAUUUCAAAAUCACAUCUUCAAUGCUCUUUUUAUAUUUGGUGCAUUUAUGGCAGUUUUUGUAGCAAGAGCUUGCAACAUAUACCCACUUUCCUUCCUUUUGAAUUUGGGUCGAAAACAAAAGAUUCCCAGGAACUUUCAGCACAUGAUGAUGUUUUCAGGUUUACGUGGUGCAAUAGCAUUCGCAUUGGCUAUUCGAGACACAGAAUCCCAACCCAAACAGAUGAUGUUUACAACAGCACUGCUUAUUGUGUUUUUCACAGUCUGGGUAUUUGGUGGGGGCACAACACCAAUGCUCACGUGGCUUCAGAUCAGAGUUGGUGUAGAUCCAGAUGAAGAUCUGAAAGCAGAAGCUGCAAGCCAGAGCGCAUCUAACUUGGAUAAAAAUACAACCAAAGCUGAGAGCGCAUGGCUGUUCAGAAUAUGGUAUGGCUUUGACCACAAAUACUUGAAACCUAUCUUAACCCACGCUGGUCCACCUCUCACAACGACAUUACCUGGAUGGUGUAAUCCUCUUGCCAGGCUUCUGACCAGCCCCAGUGCAUAUGGUGAUCAACUGAAGGACGGCGACGCAGAUUACAUCAUAAAUAAUGAUGAAUUGAAUGAAAACUAUGAAUCACCUGCUCACGUACCAGUGCCAGCGCAGGACAGAACAGGCUCCACCCAGGCUACAGGCAAGGAAGAUAUUCAUGAAGGAGACCUAGGAUUAGGAGGGUACAAACUCCAGCUGGAACACAUUGCAGGUCAAUCCCAGAUGAGUUCAUCGGCAUGAAUAGUGUAAUGUUAAUCACAAGAAAUAAGACUAAAACAAAGAAAUAAAAGAUACUAUUAUGCGAACAAGAGGCUAGAAAACGUACUAAGCAAAAAAAAGGCAAUUUUACAAACUAAAUGCCUGCUUCCUCCAGGAAAGAGUCUACCAUCAUCCAUAUACCACAAUAAUAUGCAUGUUUUCUGACUGUAGUAUAUUUUAAUAAGAUCUAGGGCAACACCAACCUACUGUAAAUCCAUUACAGUCGUGUGUUGUCUCAGCCUUUACUGUUACCAUGCCCAUCAUAUGUACACAGGCCUUUGAGUGUUGCUUAUAGUCUUUAGUCAUCUGGAAUGGAGACAAAGAACUUCCUAACAUAUUCAUGCUUACAUGACGACAGCACCUUUUUUUUUUUUUUUUUACAGCUGGUCCUGAACAGAUCCAAAGAUAGCUGUUACUCCAGUAGCUAUUAUAUUUAUAAAGAAUCAAAAGAUUCUUUGUCCAAUGAGUAUGUGAUCUAAAAAUAUUUUUUAAAUGCAUUGCGGCACCUCAGUCUUGAUAGACCAAGCUCACAAUAUAGACUUCUCCUGAGAAGCAGCCCAGCAUUUGCUUUCUAAAUGCACCUUAUAGCCUAGUCCAUAUAGGGUUGCGCCAGGCCGCCACAAACUGAACAUUCAUAGUAGGAGACAUCAGAGUCUAUAAAAUCAGCAACAGACACCCCUCCUUUUAAUGAUGCACUGAAUGGGCACAACCACUAUUUAAACAGUAGUUAUUCCUCAAGGCAUUUGUCAUUACAGCUUCACAGCACACAAAACUUACAUGCCUGGGAAAGUUUUGUUGUUUUGAAAGAUCAUUCUAAAUGUAUGCUUUGAUUUAAGUAGUCAAAUGUUUCAUUUUUAUUGUUGAAGGAAAGUUAGUUGUUUCUAAUCAAAUAUUUCUGAAAAACAGCUAUAUCUUAAGACUGGCUGCUCCAAGGGUAAAUUUGUUCACCUCUAUGCUGGGCACUCAAUAUCACACUAGUGAAAAUGACAGUGGUAGUUAGAUAUAAAAAAAGAGAAGAGUUCAGGUAUGAAAGUAUAAUUGUGUGCAUGGAAUUCUAUAUGCUGUUACAAAAGAUCAGAAGCUUAAACUGGCAUUUUAUUUUCCCCUAAACACUAACCAAGGAACUUCAAAGUAUCUUAAUGCUCGUGUGGUUUAAAACAAAUAUUUUUCAGGCAUGAUAAAUUGGAGAAGAACUAAUUAAUUUCCAGCUCCUUUCUUUGCCUUGUUUAGCAGCAUGAGGUGGGAAAAGAUGCACAGCACAUUGCAAGAAGAGAUAGAGAGUGAAUGAGGAGGGGUAAGGUUUUGUGGCCUAGUAUUGUGCACCCUACAGCAUGCAGUGGGAGAUAGCAAAGGUAACCGGAGGCAGGAUAAGCAGGUAGAGACACACUGCGGUGAGGUGAACAUGGCAACACAGUGAGAAGGUAUCAUCAUGGGUGGGUGGUAACUUCAGCAGCCAGAGACUCCAAUUUCAGUCUUCAGAAGUAUUGAGUGCACGCCACCAGGAUUCCUAAGCUCCUUGGAAAGCAUGGAUCCCAGUCCUUAGAUUAUAGUGCAAAUCAAUAAACUGCUGCAGUAUUAUGGAGAUGCAAAACUGUUUUUCACAGCUGCUACAUGAACUGGAAAUGACAAGCUCUUCACCAACAGUUCUGCUCUCAUAUUCUACUCUGAAAUGCAUCCUGCAGCAUAGUCUACAGGGUUUUUACUGAUUUAUUUAUUGUGCCUAUGUCCAAAUUUCUCACACUUGUGCCAUGUGAUAAAUGGAGAGCUCUGGGGUCUGAAAUUCUCCGUUUAUCAAAAAAAGUCUGUAGUGAAUACUCUCCACACUGUUAUGCCUGGAUGCCUUAAAGGGCUCCUUUACUGAGUAAAGAAAGUAAUCUUUUGCAACAGAAGUGCACAUACUUCACAUCUUCACAAGUCGGAUUUUUAUGCUAAGACUGUCAAGAGGCUGAACCAGUGGUCCCAGCAGGAUGGGUAUUUAACCUCUGGGACCAUGCUCAGCAACCUAAAUAUCAUUGCCUUUUAGGAAAAUUAGUAAUUUGAGCUGCAAGCAAACCUGAAACUUCUACUAAAUGGCAAUAAGUCUCAAUUAUCCAUUACAUUAUUCAGCCCUGUCAUCUCCUAAUUUUAAGAUAUUCUUUUUAUGACAUACAGAUGAAGAGAGUUAAAACAACAUUAGAACAGAUGAUAUAUUUGUAUUCAAGGAGAAAUUACUGGCAACUAAUAAUUCUGCACAACUGUCCAUUAUUCUGUUUAAACAGAAUAAUGGAUGUUAGGAGAGGCCUUCAAUGUUAAUUUACAGUUCAUAUGCUGGAGAUUUAAACUACUCAAUACCACAGAGUGUUUGACUGAAUGUGCAAGUCGCUCAUGAUAAAUGUGAAGCCAUCCUUCCUAUUGGAGUUAAUCUAAUAAAACACUGCUUGGAAAAUGAAAUGUAAAAUAUAUUGUCAAAGUGUAGUGACCGCAUACUCAAUAUGAAGGCCAAAAUAUUAGGAAAGAUGGAAAUCUGCAAUAUUGCUAAACCUUUCAGGUUUCAGAAACAGUUACAAGUUUCAUACUCAACCGCAGAGAGCAUUUGACUAAGGUUGGAAGCAGCAAAAUGAAUUCUGGUUAUACAGCAGAGCCUGUCCAAAAAGAUACUGUACUAAAAAUAUCAGGUCACUAUGAUAACUUUCACAGAUAAGUGCAAUAUUUGAUAACCUCACCAAAAGCAGGGGCCAUUGGAAGCAAAACAUUUAUGUUGCUGUGUUAAAAGCUCAAACUUUUCCAUAGUAACCACGUUAGGGCUCUCUUCAGCAAACUGAUUAACA